CGGAAUCACCGGAAUUUGUUUCUUCAUCAACAUGGCCUCGCUAUUGUAUUGGAGACUAUACUAUAUAUCAAGGUCCUUCCGGUUAACGGAUAGAAAAUUAAAUUAAAAUAAAUUACAGAGGAAACAAUAAAUGCAAAGACGGUCAUUAUAAUAACGCUUGCGCUCGAUAUAAACCAAUCAUUAUAUCUUGAUGCAUCGUCUUGUUGUCGUAAGGUUUGCUUACGAUGCCUUGCUUCAAAACGUCGUCAAAUUUCAUUUCAAACUUUUUUGAACGGGGGUUAACAAGAUUAACGUCAUACAAUUUUAUUAUUCCUCGGUCAUUUCUCUGACCUCACCUUUAACCAAUAACGGAAAAACGAGUCGACUCUUCUUUAAUGAUUGCAGUCGUACGAUUGCUGGUAUAGCGAAGGUACGUGACGCAUUAUCAAGCAGGGGUUAUCGUGUCGAACGAUAAACACAUUGACCUAAGAAAUCUCCAGAAGAAAUGGAGAGGAUGGUAGAUCAUCGUGGUAAUGAGGCAGACGACCGAACGAUAAAAAAUCAAAGAAAGGCACGUGACUGAAGAAAACGUCAUUGCGAAUUGAGGGAAAGAGAUCAUAGUUCUUUCUUUUUUUCUCUCUCUCACAAUAUAUAUCCAUAUAUAUAUAUAUAUAUAUGCAUGUAUAUAUAUAUAUAUAUGUAUGUAUGUAUGUAUGUAUCUAUACAGGGAAUCAUAUAAUGUGAAAAUUUAUCCUCCUAUACGUAUUAAUUUAAACGAGUAUAUUUUUUAUAUGAUUUAUUUUUUUUUCAAAAGUAUUUCACCUAAAAUAUGUUAAGGAGACAUAUUAUAUGGAGUUCAAUAUGUACUUGUGUGCGUCCGUUUGUGUUUGUAUAUAUAAUCACAAUGCAUUUCUAUUUCAUGGCUAAGCUCUUUUGAAACUGUCGAAUGAAACACACAGACAAGUUAAAUCGAUAAUACUUUUUCUAAGGAAAUGGAUUAUCAGCAUUACGUUAAAUGCAGCAAACAGCUGCAGACGAGCGAAAGGGCAUACGAUAACAGAAGGAUUUCUAUGGAAUUGAUGGAAGAAGAGGAAUAUGAAGAAGAGGAGGAGGAAGAAGAAGAAGAAGAAGAAGAAGAAGAGAAGAAGAUGGUAUCGAAUCGUCACGCGAAUCCAAAGAUUAAAACUGAGACGAGACUCGGUCUGUGCUCCGUUUGUCAUCUUAGCAUUGCCGAUAGAACUUCUAAUGAGACGAACGCUGCUUUCGAACGAGCUUCUUUUUCUUCCCAAGGACAUCUCUUGUGUCGUCGUUGCAUAGAACACUUUUCCUUUCAAUCAGGAGGGAACAAAGCGAUGACUUGUAAAGUUGAAGUACCCGAAUCAAUGAUCACCUCCUAUUCUAAUGAUUCUAAUGUGGAACAAAGCGAUGGCAGAUAUCAUCAGCAACACAGUUAUUACAAUAUAAUACGGAAGGGCGAACAAGAUCGAUGUAAUAACGAAUUUAAAUUUAAUGGACAGACUACGUGGGAAUACUCUCGUAGACCGAUACGCUGUCCUUGCAUCGAUUGCGACGUUAACAUUGCAUUUUCGGCACUUACGCAUCAUUUCCUUUUUGAUCAUCCGGAAGUACCUAUUCUGAGCGUUGAAUCUGGUGUGAAAAGCACAUUGAUCAUUAGUUUCGAAGCACUCUCUUAUGAUACCAGUCGAUGUUUAGCACUUCUAUUGGUAUCUGGUAAAUUAUCAGAUUCUGCUUCAAGAGUAUUCAAUGGUAAUCAGAUCAAUCCUAAAUACCGGAAUCGUCUACCUCUUCCGCUAUUAGCUGCUCGCUUAAAUUCCAUAAAUCAUUAUUCACCUUCUGACGAGGUUUAUACUCGUGGAGAAGGUCAAUACGAAAAGAAUAUAAUAAUCGUCUGGGUCGCGGGAUUGGAUAUUGGAAAUGCCACAAAUAUUCUCCGAUGUAGUAUUCAAGCCGUGGAUAAUAUCGAUACUGAAAGUGUCCGAUCAUUAACGUACACGGGUCCAAUAAAUUCACUGAGGACAGCUCAACGACCGCGAGAAGUUUUUUUAAAUGGUGAUUGUAUCGUUCUUCACGAAGGCUUGAUCAGUCAUAUUACUUCCGGAUGUACCAAUCUCAACGUGAAUGUUAUCAUUCAUUAGUCACGUUUUCAUAAUUGAAAAAUAUCUACCACAGCAAUCGCUAAAUGAAACAAUAAGAUUAUUUGAAAUAUUAGAUAUUCAUAAUGUGAUGCACAUUAAUAACGAGGGAACGCUCGUUUACGAUAUUCCAUUAUUGUGAAAGAUACAACAAGAAUAUGAUUUAACAAGAACACCAUAUAGAAAUACUG